UACUAUAAGUUUUAACAUUUCAAAUUUUCAAUUGAUUUUCAUACAUUUAAAUUGUAUAUUUUUAUCAUCAUCACCAGAUUUUUAUUGUCAUAUCUAGGUGGCCAUGUAGGAUUCGACGCUACGAGUUUACGACGUCAAAAACUCGAGAACAUACAAAAAAAAACAAAAACAGUUAUAAAAUCAAGUAGCUACAACUGCAAUAACGUUACCCUCGCCAACGUGACCCACUAAGGCACUAACGUUACACAGCUGACGCGAUCGAUUUUUCCGCGACGUCUCGCGCUGAACGUUAGUGCGUCGCCGUCAUCGAGUCCCCUUAGUUUAUACGUGCGUGUGUGUGCGUCCUUCACUCUUUUUGAGUUAUUGGCCAUCGCCGUUGACGCCUCGUAAGGCCCUAUUAUUCAAAGGACUAAAUAAAACAUAUUCCGCCGUGCGAAGUAACAAUAACAUACAAUUACACACGAGGCUUCUGUCACGAAAAUGCCUGUCUGUAAACAAGACGAAACCCUUAGGGCUUUAGCUCUCCUGGAAGACUAUCAUGCAAAACUCUCCACCGUACCCGACAAUGAUCUUCAAGUUGUCAUGAAGAUUGUGAUCAGCGUCUUUAAGUCUAGGCUUUUUCAGGCUCUCGUUGAUAUACAAGAAUUUUACGAAUUGGCACUUCAAGAUGAAAGUCAUUCUGUAACAGAUGAAGAUAUAUCAAUUGCACAAAAAUAUAUCAUGGAUCAAUUUGAUGCUAAAGUUGGUUUGAAUGAUCUUAAUUUUCAACCUUUGGAAACUGAAUGUCAACGUGAUUAUAAAAAGAAAGAAUUUGUGGAUAUAAGUUGUCAAAUUAAUGGACUGAGUGGACAUACUGGUAAUCAGUCAUGCGGUGAUGCUACUGAACAAGAAUCUAAUCUUGAAACUGAUGAUGAAACUGAAUAUUGGGAGUAUGAUAAAAUAACAGUUGAAAGGGGAUCUGGUGGCCUAGGAUUCAGCAUUGCUGGUGGUGUAGAUUCAGAAUCAUUAGUCCUAGUGACUCGAGUUAGUCCAGAUAUCGGUGCAACUGGUCUUCGUGCUAAUGAUAUUAUUUUAAAAGUAAAUGAUCAGUCAUUGGAACACGUUCCUCAUAGUUUUGCUGUAGCUGCUCUUAAAAAUGCUGGAGAUGUUGUUACACUACACGUAAAACGACGCAAAAAGGAUGCAUUUGUUGAACCAGAAAAAUCAUAUACAGUUACAGAGAUUGAACUAGAAAAAGAGGAUGGAGGUUUUGGCUUCACAAUAGCUGGAGGUGUUGGUAAUGUUCAUUUACCAGGGGAUAGUGGAGUAUAUGUUACAAAGAUCUUAGAAGGUGGUGCAGCUCAUAAAGAUAGUCGUAUAGAAGUUGGUGAUAAAUUGAUUGCAGUUAAAAACACACUGAAUGGUGAUGUAGACUUAGAAAAUGUUACUCACGAAGAAGCAGUUGCUGCACUUAAAGAAACUGGCGAUAAAGUAACACUUGUCAUUGUGAAAGAGUCUCUUAGCAUGCGUUAUAUAAAACCAAAAACACCAAUUAAAUCCAGCAUUUCGUCUAAAUCAAGCAGUGAAAAUAUAUCAUUAAUGCUUGAAAAAGUAGCCACUAUUCGAAGGUCUGAUGAAGGGUUAGGAUUUAACAUUGUUGGUGGGGAAGAUAAAGAAGGUAUUUUUAUUUCUUAUGUGGCACCUGGUAGUCCAGCUGAUCAAAAUGGAAUUUUAGAACCAGGUGAUCGUAUUUUAAGUGUUAAUGCAAUUGACAUGUUAAAUGCCACUCAUGAUGAUGCUGCUAUAGCUUUAAAAGGCGAUGGACCGAUUGUUACUAUUGUAGCUCAACAACGGCCUGAAGAAUAUCAUAGACUCCAAAUUAAAUUAGCAGAUAUUAAAGAACAAAUAAUGAAAAAAGCUAUUGUGUCUUCAAGCACAUUACCAAGACCUUCACAAAAAUUACAGUUAUUCGUCAGGGCUUUGUUUGAUUACGAUCCAAACCGAGAUGAUGGCCUACCAAGUCGUGGAAUAUCAUUUACAUAUGGUAGCAUACUACACAUACUUAAUGCUAAUGACGAUGAAUGGUGGCAAGCUAAAAAGUUGGUUCCAGCUGGUGAAGAGGAUCGUAUUGGUAUUGUACCUUCAAAAAAGCGCUGGGAACGAAAACAAAAGUCAAGGGAUCGUACAGUUAAAUUUCAAGGACAUGUUCCAGUUCUUAUUGAUAAAACUUCCACUUUGGAAAAGAAAAAGAAAAAUUUUGCUUUAAGUCGAAUGUUUCCAUUUAUGCGUAGUAAAGCAGAUCGUUUGGAAUGUACUGGAACAGACCAAGAUCAUUAUAUGCUUUGUUACACUCAUGAAGAUCCAACAUCUGAAGGUAUUAAUUUAAGCAGCAUAAGCAUAAUUGAACUACUUGUUGAAGAACCAACUUUACCAUAUGAAUCUGUUGUUAAGAAAACAUUGAGCUAUAGUCGCCCUGUCAUUGUAGUUGGAAUUUACAAAGACAAAAUAAAUGAUCAUCUAAUAUCAGAAUAUCCAGAAGAGUUUGGAUCAUGUGUACCUCACACGUCUAGAGAAAUUCGGCAUGGGGAAGUUGAUGGUGUUCAUUAUCAUUUUAUUAAAUCACGUGAACAAAUGGAGCGUGAUAUUAAAGAACAUUUAUUUAUUGAAGCUGGUCAGUUUAAUGAUAAUUUAUAUGGAACAUCUCUAGCUUCAGUCCAAGAAGUUGCUGAACAAAACAAACAUUGCAUUCUUGACGUAAGCUCCAAUGCUAUUAAACGUUUACAAGCAGCAGACCUGUACCCUAUUACUAUAUUUAUUAAAGCAUCUUCUCUUGACUUUAUUAUGAAAAUCAGCGAUAAAAUGACUGAAGAUCGGGCAAAGAAAAUUUAUGAUCAAGAAAUGAAAGUUGAACAAGAUUAUAAUGAAUAUUUAACAGCUAUUAUAAAAGGUGAUUCAUUUGAAGACAUUUUUGAAAAAGUAAAAAAUGUUAUCGACGAACAUUCAGGACCUGAUGUGUGGUUACCAAAUAAAGAUCUAACUAUCUGAAAUGAACAUACUAGAAAGUAGUGAUUAUUGUAAUUGAAAAAAGCAUAAGUAUCUAAUUACUUUAGAUGUGUUUAGGUAUAGAAUUUUCAAAUUUAAUCAUUUAAACUACACUUUAUUCUGCAAAAUAAUAAUAAUAAUAAUAAUACAAGUAACAUUUACAGGUUCUUUUAACCACACACGCACAACAAAAGAAAAACAUUAUUCCAAUCUCGGCAUGUACACAUAACUUGUUCAUUAAUUCUACUACUAAGGAAAAAAUUACAGAAUUAAAAGUAUAGUAGGGAAAAUAAUAAUUAUAUAUUUUAAUACCAGUGGAAUUCUGGAAUUUAAGUUGAAUCUAGUUAAAAAAAACUAAUUUUAACAAAAAUUACUUACGUGAUUUGUUUUAAGCAGUUUAAUAUAAUGAUUAUCUUCCACUACUUAUUAUAAACUAUAAAGUAUAUAUAGUUUUAAAAAAGUAUUUUAUAAUGGCCACUUUUGAAAUAAUUGUAUUUAUCAUUUUACUAUAAUCUCUGAAAACCAAAAACUUUCCAAUAAUAUGGUUGCCAAUAGCUAUUCAGUGGUUGCUCAAUCCAAAAUUCAUUGAUUUGAAAAUAAUUAAGUUAAAUUAUAUAGUAUAGAUACAAUAAUUGUUUUUUUUUUUUAAACUUUUACAGUAAAUUUUAGGUUUAGAAGAAAUGAGCAAAGACGUUAAUAAUUUAACAAUGGUUGUGAAUGAUAUGUGUUUUUUAGAUUCUGAGCUGGUCUUACCUUUAAAGAAAUUUUGGAAAACAACAAAUUGUGUUGAAGAAAUGUAAGCUAAUAUUAGUUUUGAUUAUUUUUAGGUAAACAAAGUUCUAACUAGAACUGUUUUUAUGACUCAUCAUUGCCUUUAGAUUGAAAUAUAUCCGCACUAGUCAACUUUUGUAAGUUAUUUUUUUUCAUCUACCGAAUGACCACUCAUUGUAUGUUAAUACUUAUAGACCAUAAUAUUUAUAUAUGUAAAACAAAUAUGACAUUUAUUUUAUUCUAAUUAUUAAUUUAAUCUGUUAUUACUUCUCUAGUUUUGGAGCAACCACAUAAGGGAUGUUUGAUGAUACCAAAUUAUUUAAGUACAAUUAACAUGACUUGUGGGUCCUUAUUUGAAAAUAAAUCAUAGAUAAAUUCAUUUUAUUUAUAUACCACUAUAAGUAAGUGUUCUUUUGUAAAAAGUAACAAUAACUUUCCAGGGCCUUUAGAUGACAUGUGCAAAAUAAAUAAACAAUAAAUGUUUAUGUGCAUAAACAAAAAAUGUUUAUUUUAAUAUUCUAAAUUCUAAAAUGCGCAACUUACCUAAAUAUUUUAAAACUGAUGAUAAAUAAUAUAUCUGGUUUUUAAUAUAAAUUAAUAUUAAUUAAUAUAACUUACAACAUAGAUUAAUCUUAUUAUUGUAUUUCUUUUUCAAAAACCAAUAAUAAUAGUUUUUCAAUUUAUUGUAUUAAUUUUAUUUUUGAUCAUUCAAAUAAGAAAAUAUUAAAUAAAUUAUGACCUCUUACUGAUUUACACUCAUCAGAUAUUAAAUAUGCAUUGUUGUAAUAUUAGUUAGCAUGUAUCUUAUCUUACUUAUGAUGUUAAACAGGAUAAAAGGUAGUUCAAUUGAAUGUAUUUGAUAUUUUAAACAGAACUUAUGAGUAUUACUAAAAACUAACUAAUUAUCGAGUAAUAGAUAUUUAUUAUUAUUUUAUUUAUUUAACAUUUAGUGAAUAAAAAAUAUUAAACAAUACCUAAGAUUUAUAUUUAACUAGGUUUGCUAUCAAGAUUUAUUACUAUAACUAUUCUAGUCAUUGUUAAACUGUUGAAGUAAUUUAUAUUUAAAUUUGUUAAAAUGUACUAAAAAUAUAAUGAUUUAUUGUAAAAUUGUAUAUUUAUAAGUUUUUAGACAAUAUAUUUAUCAACUUUCAAGUGUAA